AUGGUAGGUAAUCACAGUCAGCAUCAUCGUCAUAGUAUUAUCAUUAUCUUCUUUGAAUCUACACUCCCCAAAGUGUCCAUUGCUCAUCAGAACCUACAAGAAUUGACUGAAGAAUCGACGCCUGAGACUCCAGGCAGAGACUCCAAAUUCCCAGUCACCCAGAGAGAGAAAAGCACUGCCUGGGGACGGAUAAAUGAGCCUCAUUCACUCUACAAGGUCAGGAAGAUUCCCUUGGAGGAGGGCAUGGCAACCCAUUCCAGUAUUCUUGCCUGGAGAAUCCCAAGGACACAGGAGCCUGGCAGGAUACAGUCCACAGGAUCGCAAAGAAUUGGACACAACUGA